GAAGCAGGCCAAAGGUGGCUAAAUAAUAAAAAUCUGCGUGACCAGAUUUUAGGCGCUGCGUCCCCGUGGAUCGGGAGAGGGAUUAAAAGCUCAUUUGCUUGGCGACUGGCGUGGGUGACGGCACGGUUUAGUCCGACAGAGAGCACCAUGGGUGACAACGCGACCCGACCACACGUUCCCUGGCUCUUUGACCUAGGCCAGGAGGACUCGAACUGGGUUAUGACUUCUUCCUUCAUUAUCCUCACUAUGCAAACAGGAUUUGGUCUUCUUGAAUCAGGCUGUGUGUCUUUGAAAAACGGUGUGAAUAUCAUGAUGAAAAACGUGGUGGACGUCGUUUUUGGCGGUCUAACCUACUGGGCCUUCGGAUUCGGCCUUAGUUUCGGUCGGAGUCCGCUCAACACUCCUUUCUACGCACUCGGUGAUUUCAUGCUUGAUCCAGACUUUGAGGACGAGCUGAUGGGACCGAUGUUUGCUGCCUUCCUUUUCCAACUGUCUUUCGCAACUACAGCUACCACGAUCGUCUCGGGGGCAAUGGCAGAAAGGUGCAACUUCAAAGCUUACUGCCUCUUCUCCUUAAUAAAUACAAUCGUCUACUGCAUCCCCGCAGGAUGGGUUUGGGGCGAGCAUGGUUUUCUGUUCAAUUUGGGGGUGGUGGACAUCGCUGGCUCGGGUCCUGUUCACCUUGUCGGUGGAACCUCAGCUUUCACAGCAGCAUUAAUGCUGGGACCACGAUUGGGGCGGUAUUUAAAUGGAAACGAUCCUCUACCCCUUGGAAGUCCCGUCAACGCCAUUAUGGGACUCUUUGUGCUGUGGUGGGGCUGGCUGGCCUUCAACUCCGGCAGCACUUACGGAGUAACUGGAGCAAAGUGGCAAUACGCAGCAACAGCCGCAGUACUGACUCUUUUGGCCUCGUUCGGUGGCGGAUCUGUCGGUCUUUUGUACUCGGGUCUGACCAGAGCCGGCUACUUUGACAUCAUGGAUCUCAUUAACGGAGUCCUCGGCGCUCUCGUGUCGAUUACCGCCGGUUGCUUUCUGUACCGAACGUAUGAAGCUGUCCUGGUCGGAGCCAUAGGCGCCACGAUUGCCUGCACAACAAUGCCCUAUUUCGACAAAAUGGGCGUCGACGACCCAGUUGGCGCCAGUUCAGUCCACGGCCUUGCGUCCAUGUGGGGUGUGCUGGCUGUUGGGCUCUUCGCGGAGGACCCCAAGCCCUUGACCACCACAGGAGGUCGCAAGGGACUUUUCAAAGGAGGCGGAUGGGAGUUGUUGGGCGUGCAGGCCCUGAGUGUUUUGUGUCUUACAGUUUGGGCCAUGGUCAGCACCGCAAUCAUUUUAAUGGUUGUUAAUUGGAUAAUCCCAAUAAGGAUGACAGAAAUAGAAGAGCUGCUUGGGGCUGAUUACAGCGAGCACAGAAUUAUGCAGGGCGGCCACAUUGGAGUGAGCAGAGCCGUCUCCGCUCUCAGACCCUAUCAUGAGAUGGAUCCAAUUGGACGCACUGGCACCAAUCCAGGUCACAAUGCGUACUUGGAGCUUUAUGUGAAAGAAAAGCAAAAGGAAAUAGAAACAACUCGAGACGAGGUGAAGAUCAACCUCUCGCAACCUUUUAAAAAAUCAUUCUCGGGGAAAAUGCGGAACCCUUUGAACCUCAGGAGGCCAGAAUCUGCUCUUUCUACCAUGCGAAACAACAAUAAUAACAGGAACGAGCGGCCUAAUGACCAGAAUGAAGCUGAGAAUGCAACCAGUGGUGCGUUUUCUAGCAUCCCAACGAUUUCCAUCAACACCGAUUACUACCCUCGAUAUGCUUGGCUGGAUUGA